AUGAAAAAGAGAAUCUGCUUUGCUCUGAUAUGCAGAGCAGUAGAGCCUGGCGUAGUUCCUGGAAGAAGAGCAUCGUGUACCCCACCCAUUUCAUAUGACGGCACUUGUAGCUGUGAAAAUGAUGUCGUGACCUGUACAGGACAAUCGGCCGUGCCAUCCUUCAGCACUAUGUAUCAUUACAAAAAAGUUUCCAUUGUCAACGGUAACUUCAGAAAUGCAAUCAGGACUGGGAAUCCCUUUGCUAACCUGCGUACAGACGAAUUGGUUCUACACAACAUGACAAUUUUAGCGAUUGCUCCUCACGCUUUCCUACCUGUGAAAUCUAUGCUGAAGAAGUUGGAUCUUUCCAACAAUUUUCUUACUGUGCUUCCAUCUGCUCUUCAUGACCUUGACGUACUAGAGUCCCUUGAUGUUUCUGAGAAUUCUAUUGGUGAUAGAAACUUUACUGAAGAGGUUUUGAGGAAAAUUGGAGCAACCCUGAAGUCAUUCACCUUUGGUAGUUACGACAUACAACAAUGGCCUGUUACUCUCAAACACCUUCAGAUGCUUCAAAAUCUUAAUGUAACAAAAGCAGCAUUCCAGUUUAUGCCCCAGGAUGCUUUUUACGGAUUUUCUGGGACUUUGUUAACCUUAAGUCUAGGUACUACUGGUCUCACUUCGGUACCUCUAGCUGUUGCUCAAUUGCGAUAUUUGCAGACAUUUAAUUUCGAUCACAAUAUCAAUGUUGGAGAUUAUGGUAUGAAUGUUCCAUUGAUUCGUGGUAGGAUGCCAUAUUUAACAAAUAUUUCUCUGCAACAAGACAGCUUAAAAACGUUCCCAUCAGCCCUCUCUGCAUUUGAAAACUUAAAAUCUGUUAGCAUGGAUCUGAAUACUCUGGACUUUGUCAGUGAUCAUGCCGCUAAUUCUGUCAGACAAAUUGAAAACCUGAGUAUGCGCAAUUCUAACAUUUCCCGUAUCCCACAGGCCCUGGCGGAUAUUACAUCACUAAAAUCUCUGGACUUAUCAGACAACCGUAUACAUAGCAUCGAUGUGAAAGAUGUCAAAAUUUUGCAUUCAGUGAAAGAAAUCAAACUAAACAAUAAUCCCAUCCUCUAUAUUUCAAAUCAUGCUUUUGAUAGUAAUGGAAAUUUGGAGCGAUUAGAACUGAGGAAUACGCAUUUGAAGGAGGUACCAUGCGCUCUAAAAUACGCCAUUGAAAACUUGACACGCGUGAAACACAACUUUCCUCUCACUGUUGACAUUUCUAACAACGCAAUCGCGUGUACGUGCGAGUUAAAGUGGCUUGCUGAUACACUCAGUACACAUCGGGCCAACAUAUCAUGGAAUAUAAUCGGAAACUGCGAAACUAUUGUUAUGAGUAUCAACGAUUACCUGAAUUCUGAAAGUCUCAGGGAUUGCCCCACAUCAAAUAUUUGUUAA